AUGGAUCCUACCUCCGACCCAACUCAUGAUCCCAUUGAGGAACUGUUGGCAGACGCCAGCCAGCCUACCAGUUUUGCCAUGCCAGCAGGGCAAGACGAUGAUUCCUCAUCUGGACCUGUAAAGACCAAAGACAGCAUGCAGCUGGUUGGAGACGAGCUCAGAAAGGAUGUUACCGAGCCAAAUGCCUCUGUCGAAGAUGGCAUCGCUCCUGCUCCUUUCAUGAUUGGACUUGAACCGUCUGCAAAGUACCCAGAUCAACGUGAUGCCUUUACCCAACUUCUGGGCAUGGCAGGAAUCACACGCAUGUUUGCGGCUCUCAACAUUGUUUCCGCUCGGAGAGCUCGCAAACAGACCGAGCCAUACUCCCUGAACAAGCCUGAGGAGUACGUGUCUGCCUUCAACGAAGGAACAGAUGCGGCCAUCAAGGCUCUCACCGUGGGCCCCCUUGCGGGUUUCUACGAUGCGACUCUUGGCGGAACGACCCAGACAGAGGAGAUUCUGGUCAAACGUUCGGAGCUGCACGAUUUCGUUCUGCGCCGGAUCUUCAGCGGUCUGGUGUCAGUUGGCAAGACGCAGAUGGACGAGCUCGACAAUGUCCUGACUGACUUUGUGUCUUCCUUGAAGUCUUACAAAUGCACUCCAACGGCCGACCAGCCAACCCUGAACCAUGUAAUUCUCAUCAAUUACAUCCGAGCCACUGACAUAUCUGGCGGCGGCAACGUUUUUGUCAUCGACCCCUACACCCGCAUGGUGUCUCUCAGCAUCAAAGCCGAUGAGUGGGCUGUGGCACUGCGAAAGCCAGGGAUCCUCAAGAGGAAUGAGAAGAUCAAGUUCGGCAUGACCACAACCAUCACCGAGUUGAAGCUGGACAAGGCAAAGUAUGUGGCCAACAAGGAUAGGUAUGAGCAGGCUUUGCAGGUGAUGAUUGGGAACCAAGAUGAUCUGAAAAAGAUCACCAACAAGGGCGGAGUUGAGGCCUUUGGACGAGAAACAAGUCUCGUGCUGCCGGCGCAGGAGGCCGGUGGAGCAACCGAAGAUUGA